AUGCGCCGUGUUUAUAAACGACUCUGUCAGAAUGCUCUCAGCCACAGCACCGCGUCAGGUCGCGCGGCUUUUGCUACGGCUAUCGUUACGCUCUCCGCGGCUUGUAGCAAUAACGGAGGCAACAAUAAAAUCUCUGCGGCGCUGACCACGCCCAUGCGGUUUUGCUCUACCUCGAGUGACACGACAGCGAAAAAGCCUGUCGACAUCACUGACGAAGACGUUGUUAUUGAUCCAUCGCCUGCAGAAAAGGAUGGGUCCACUGGCGUGGAUGGGACUCCAUCAGCAUCAGCAAAGUCUAAUGAAGAUGCCGAGCAUGUUGUUGGGGAAUCGGAGGUAAUGGGCUUUAAGACUGAGACACGUCAACUGCUGGACAUUGUCGCCUGUAGUUUGUACACGGAGAAGGAGGUGUUUAUUCGUGAGCUGGUGUCGAACGCCAGUGAUGCUCUGGAGAAGCGUCAUUUAUUGGAGAUCAGUAAGCCAGAGGAGUACCCACGAGAGGAGAGCGAUGAGGCUCCUUUUAUUGCUAUUUCCUGCAACCAAAGCAAGAGUCGUUUUGUUAUCCGUGACACUGGCGUCGGCAUGACAAAAGAGGAACUUGCAGAGAAUCUUGGUACCAUCGCGGGUUCUGGAUCCAAAGAAUUUGUGCGACAGUUGCAGAGUGCUGCGUCUGGUGCUCAGGCAGCCGAAAAGAUCAUUGGCCAAUUUGGUGUUGGCUUUUAUGCCUCCUUCAUGGUGGCGAAGUAUGUGAAGGUCUACAGCCGUAGUGCGAAGAAGGGCAGCAAGGGCUAUCUGUGGGAGUCGGAUGGAACAGGUACAUUUAAGAUCACCGAGUGUGAGGGGGUGGACAAGGGGACUAAGAUUGUUCUCGACGUCAAGGACACAGAAAUUUCUUUUUGCACCCCUCAGGUAUGUGAGCGUGUUCUGAAAAAGUACAGUAACUUUGUUUCAUAUGAUAUCACGCUUAACGGCGGGAAGGUAAAUACGGUGGAGGCGCUUUGGAUGAAGGAAAAAAAUUCGAUCACAAAUGAAGAGCAUAUUGAUUUUUACAAGUUUAUCUCGGGCGCAUACGACAGUCCCAUGCUUCGUCUGCAUUACGCCGUCGAUGCCCCACUUUCCAUCCGCGCCUUGCUGUACGUUCCACAGUCCCACACUGAGAAAUACGGUGGUGGCCGUAUGGAGAGUGGCGUCAACCUUUACAGCCGUCGGGUGCUCAUUCAAUCCAAGGCAAAGGGGCUACUUCCGGAGUGGAUUCGCUUUAUUAAGGGUGCGGUGGACUCGGAGUCCAUUCCCCUCAACGUCUCACGUGAACACACACAAGAUGGAAGCAUGAUGCGGCGUCUGUCGACGGUGCUCACCAAGCGCAUCAUUCGUUGGUUGGAGGAGGAGGCAAAGCAGGAUCGACAAAAGUACGAGCGCUUCAUCCAGGAGUAUGGACCCUUCCUAAAGGAGGGCGUGUGCACGGAUCAGGUGCAUAAGAUGGAGUUGGCAAAGCUAUUGCGCUUUGAAACCACUAAGUCUGACAUCGAUUACCCUCUUGUAUCUCUUGACGAGUACCGCGACCGCAUGCUGGCAAAUCAGACUCAUAUUUAUUACAUCAACGCCCCCUCAAAGGAGAUGGCACUCCAAUCGCCGUACUAUGAGCAGUACAAGGAGCACGAGCUCGAGGUGCUUAUCUGCACCGAGCCCAUUGAUGAUUUUGUAAUGCAGCAUUUGGACACGUAUGCAAAACACAAACUUCAAAACAUUGAGAUGUUCGACUCCUCCCUUGACGGAAGCGUGCAGCACAAGAAGAAGCUGGAAGGCGACAAGGAAGACGUGAAGGUUGAGAAGCAGUUGACAGAUGCGCAGGUCAAGGCGCUAAGCGACUUCAUAGCAAAGCGCCUGGUUGGUCGUGUAGGCGUUGUGAAAUCUACAACCCGUCUGCGUGACAGUCCUGCUGUUAUUGCUGAUCACGAAUCGGCGCAGAUGAGGAAAAUUUACCGCGUCACUGGGCAGAUAGCGGGUCCUCCUCCGAAGUACAACCUUCAAUUUAACCCGAAGCAUUCUGUUGUGCGUAAGUUGUACACGCUGUCCAUCUCGUCUGCUCCGGAGGAGGUGGAAACGGCUGGGUUGCUUGUGGAGCAAAUCUUUGACAACGCAGUCAUCUCUGCGGGACUGCUGGAAGACCCGCGCUCAAUCGUCGCGCGCCUGAAUAACAUAAUGGCCCGCAUGGUUGAGAACGUGCCGGAGCCGACAGCGGACAAGUAA